AUGAAUUAUUCAUGUGUCGAAUUGAAUGAUUUAUCGGAUGAAAUUCUUCUCAUGAUUUUCAAAGAACUGGACAAUCUUGAAUUACUAUAUUCUUUUCAAGGAGUCAAUGAACGAUUGAAUAAAAUUAUACAUGAUACAAUAUUUACAAGUCGUUUAAGCUUUCUCAAAUGGUCAUUGAAUGAAUGUAUCAAUAAAUUUCCUCCUCAUAUUAUACUUAAUCGAUUUUGUUUACAAAUUUUACCUAAAAUUCAUAUGAAAAUCAAAUGGCUGGAUAUUGAAUCUGAGUCUAUGAAAGAUAUUUUAUAUGCUGCUGAUUAUCCUAAUUUAUAUGCACUCGAUGAACGACUUAUAUCUUCUAUUUUUAAAAAUCAAAUUACAAAACUUAUUAUUUCAAUUGAUUCAAAUAAAAAAAAAUUGUAUACAAUGAAAAACAUUUGUAAUUAUAUCUUUACUGUGUUUAUCAAUUUAACUCAUUUAAUAUUUUACGAUGGCUCAUAUAUAAAUAAUGCUCGAUUAUUAUUUGAUAUUCCAUCUUCUAGUUUUUCUUCUUCAUCUCUUUUGGUAUUAAAUAUCAAAGUUCAAACUUUUGAUAUAUGUCUUUAUCUUCUUGAUGGUCGUUUCAAUCAACUUCAUACACUUAAUAUUGAAUUGGCUAACAUUUUUCGUCCAUUAAGAGAAAUUGAAAAUCAAAGAAAAAUUCCAAAUCUGAAGUGUUUUGUUUUGUCUUGUAUAAUGAGAACAGGGUAUUAUGAUGAAUUCAUUCUUCCACUUAUUUAUCGAAUGUCAAAUUUAGAAGAACUUGAUUUAGAUCUCACGAUCUGUGUUAAAGAAACAUUUAUUGAUGGACAUAAUUUGACGAAAAAUAUUCUUAAUCAUAUGUCACAAUUAAAACAAUUUACAUUUGAUAUUCGUUCUCGUAAAUGUAUUUAUAAUGAAAUGAAUUUACCAUCGAAAGAAGACAUUCAACGAACAUUUGAUGAUUUUCUAUAUACGAAAACAAUAUCUUGUGUUGAUUAUUUUCUAAACAAUAAAGAGGGUCUAUGUCAUAUUUAUUCAUAUCCAUUUUUAAUGAAACAUUAUGAAGAUGUAACAAAUAAUUUUCCAGGUGGAUUAUAUCGAUAUGUUUGUAAAGUAUCAUUAUAUGAUGAAUAUCCUUUUGAACAUGAAUUUUUUAUUCGAAUUGCUCAAUCAUUUCCUUUUAUGAAAAAAUUAUCUAUUGAUAAUAGUUAUGCACAAAAUUAUAAACAAUCUUAUAAAUUAAUGAAUGAUAAUCAGAACUUAUCAAUUGUUAAAUAUAAUUAUCUUAUUGAACUUCGUAUAUAUCAUCUAGCUCAUGAUGAUUAUAUUGAAGAAUUUCUAUGUAAUACGAAAACAUAUUUUCAAAAUAAUAUUCUUCUUGAUGUCGAUUAUAAAGCAUUACAAAGAGUAACACAUCAUUAUACAAGAGAUGAUACACGAAGUAAUUGUACCAAAGUAAAUGAACUAUCUUUAUUUGGAAAAUUCGAAUAUUCGAAACCUUUAAAAGAUAAAUAUUUCAAAGAUUAUUUUCCUUUUGCAACAAUAAUAGAUUGA